AUGGCGGGCAAGUUUCGCAACAAGGCUUUCUUCAAGGACAUGUCGCCUGAGCCUUGGGUUGACUUCGCCAACUACCUUUUGGGUGAGAAGGUCUACUUGAUGAAGAUUCCGGUCCCCUCCACGGGGGGCAAAGGGACGGAGCAGACUCCGGUGAGGCCCCCUUGGCAGGUUCUCUUGACCUACGAGCACGAGAUCCGCAAGGAAGCCAUCAAGCGUGCCUACCAGGGCUCUCAGCCGCUGGCUGAGACGCUCAUCGCGGUGAUGCGGGAUCCUCAGAUCAAGGAGCAGUACUUCACUUCGCCCAUUGCAUUGCAGAACUUUGCCAACAAGCGGGAAUGGGCUGCUGAUGCCCCGUGGGAAUCUUACAAGUGGAGCCGUGGCCGAGGUUUCCCGUACAAAGGCGGGAAGGACGGCAAGGAUGGCAAGGACGGCAAAGGCGGCAAGAAAGGCGGCAAGGACAAGGGAGGCAAGAACCCGGGGAAGCGCGAUGGCAAAUCCGAGUACUCCUUGAUGAGCCAUACUGCUGACGGAAGAGAGAUCUGUUUCGCCUACAAUGCCCAAGGUUGUAAUCAGCCCCAUCCUUUGUGGGAACAUUUCGCGAAGCUCAGCAUCUCCGACAAGGACGAGAAGCGCGAGACGGGGGCUCGCAACUGA